CGAAGAAGGAAACACUAAAAAGCAAUCCUUUUGAGAAAGUUGCGAGGGAAUUCGGGAUGUCUCAGCCGGACUCGCUGUCUUCCUCUCAGCAGCCUCAGGCCUCCAGCACCAUCCACAUCCUGUCACUGCUGCUGCGUCUCAGGCAGUGCUGCUGCCACCUGUCUCUGCUCAAGAAGACUCUAGAUCAGUCGGAGCUGCAGGGGGAUGGUGUAGCUCUGUCUCUAGAAGAGCAGCUGUGUGCUCUGUCUCUGUCUGAGCCCUCAGACUCUGACCCUAAAGACACUGUGUCCCUCAACGGCAGUCGCUUCUCCUCUGAGCUCUUCCAGGACACCCGUGAAAGCACUAAGGUUUCAGCUAUUCUGACUGAGAUGAGAGAAAUUAGAAAGAAAAAUCAAAAAAGUGUGAUUGUGUCUCAGUGGACCAGCAUGCUGCGCAUUGUUGCUGUACAUUUGGAGAAAAUGGGUCUGAAGUUUGCGGUAAUUGAUGGCACUGUCAAUCCCAAGCGCAGAAUGGACCUAGUGGAGGAGUUCAACACUAACCCUAAAGGACCACAGGUGAUGCUGGUGUCUCUGUGUGCUGGAGGUGUGGGCAUCAAUCUGAUUGGAGGCAAUCAUCUGUUUCUCAUUGACAUGCAUUGGAACCCAGCACUAGAGGACCAAGCCUGUGAUCGGAUCUAUAGGGUGGGACAGUCCCGGGAUGUUACAAUCCACAGGUUUGUGUGUGACGGUACUGUGGAAGACAAGAUUUCUUCACUGCAGGAGAAGAAGAAGGAGCUAGCUCAGAAAGUUUUGUCUGGGACUGGAUCAUCAUUCACUAAACUGUCUCUGGCAGAUCUCAGGAUCAUCUUUGGUGUGUGAUGUGCAUUUUCAGAAGUAAAUAAUACAUCUACAGUCUCAAAAUUAUUUUAUCUACUUUUGUUGUCUUGUACCAUGUAUCCUAUUUUCUGGAAAAUGUCAUGAAAGCAAAGACUUUAUAUUCAAAUGCUACAUGUUUACGCUGAAUAAACUUAAAUAAUGUCACUGCUUAA